AUGUCUACCCCCGCCUCCGGAGAAGUUCCACCAGGAGCAGUCGACGUUACAACCCUCUCCGUCCCCCAACUCCGCUCUCUCCAAACGCGACUCAACUCCGAACUCGAACAACUCACUAACUCACACGCAAAGCUGCGCGCAGCACAGUCCAAAUUCCGCGAUUGCGUCCGGACAAUCAACGAUGGCGUCGUGGGGAAGAAGACGCCGCAACCACAAUCCGCAGAUAACAACAGUAUUCUCGUACCGUUGACGAGUUCGUUGUAUGUCAAGGGGAAACUUGCGGAUAGAGAGAAAGUCAUUGUGGAUGUUGGGACGGGCUUCUAUGUUGAGAAGACUACCGCCAAAGCUAUCGAAUUCUAUAACAAAAAAGUCAAGGAGUUGGAAGCGAACAUAACUGAUUUGGAAAAGAUUGUUCAAGGGAAGAGCACAAAUUUGAAGAUUAUUGAAGAUGCACUUCGACAAAAGGUUGUGAGCGGCGAAGCCGUCACCGCCCCCUCCGGCUAA